AUGUCCUCCACCACAACAGUCCCGCCCACUCCACAUGGGGUUCCAUCGCAAGGUGGUACUUCACAGACCCAUCAGACCCAUCAGACCUCGGGAGAAAGCCACGAAGUCUUAUCCGAUAUCAUCUCUCGCCCUCAGAUAAGGUCUUCUCCUUCGAAACCUCGAUCAUUGUCUGAUGUUCCAAAGCCAAGCCUCUCACCUUCGCCUGCUUUUCGAGAGCCCGCCCAGGCUGUCAAAGAUGACAAUGCCUUUAUAUCUCCCAGUACUCCCAAGAGGCCAAAUUUUCCCGUACGGGGUCUCUCUCUUCAAAUGCCGCCUCGGGAUGUGAUCAGUCCAACCAGUAGCUUUGCAACCCGUGUACCUCUAUCACCAAAACUCGACUCCUCCAACACCUAUGGAGCACCUGCUCCGAUGCUGCCCAGAAGGUCGCGAGGCCUGGACUUCGCUCGAGCAUGUACAAACCUUCAUCACUCUACAUUGGCGGAAUCGUCUCCCGAUUCCUCCCCUACAAUUUCGGGACGCGGCUUACAGAUCCCACAAAGAAAAAGCCUGGGUAGCAACAGCGUGCUGGAUUCACCCAGCAACAUGACGAGCGGAAUGUGGUCUACAAUUUCUCACUCAGAAAGGACGAUGCCAUCAAGUUCAGUCAGUAGUAUCAACAUGUUAGAUUCCGAUAAGAGCAGCACCGCCUCCUCGGACGAUGAGCCAAUGGACAGAGACAUGGAGGAUCCAAUGCUUACCACCCCUCAUGUAUCCAGACUAUCCAACAAUUUCAUAUCUGGUGCGGUGAAUAGCCCUGGUGCCGACUGGAUGAGCCACCAAUUCUCACCCGCGGCUGCAAGCUUAAUGAGCUUUCAAAGGGCCAGAAUGCGGAAAGGUCGGAGCACGCAUAGUUCCAGCAGUGGCAACAGCUCUAAGCCAAGUCCUGCACCUCUAUCUCCACCAUUGAUGAAGAGCAUUGAGCAUCCGAACGGCAACUUCUUCCAGCCAGGCUUGACCAGGCAACAGGUGCAAUCAAGGAGAGAGAGCUUGAGCCUGGGCACCGGUGAUCUACAUUUGUCAUCAGACAGCGGAGAGGAAGAUGCCAAGACCAGCGAUGGGAAAGAUGCCGGUGGAAACACCACCAGCGCAUCUUCGACUCAAAGUCCUAGAGGCGUGAUAAGAAGGCCCGUGACGAGGAGAAGUAACCUCUUGCCAAAGACCAAGACUUUUGCCAGGAUACGCGCCGCACUGUUGGAAGAAGCCGCUCCCGUCGAGAAUGAAGCAAAGCGGGAAGCAGAUGUGAUCCAUCAAGUGCGGGAAAGCGACCCCACGGUAAACUCACCCACCCGCCAAUCGACCUUUCACCAAGAUGGGCUGGAGACUGCUUUGGAUGAUGACAUGGCCGCGAAUGAUGCGCCCUCUAUCACUGACUCUCUCACCAACACUUUCAGCCAACACGCAGAGAAGCACUCUGAUGGCCUGCGUUUCUGGAACAGUUUCGAUCUGCGGCAUAGGACUCCACCGCCUUCACUGUUGCCCGGAAAAAGCUCUUCGGCUAUGAGUGACGAUGUCAGCAUGGAUUCCACCAUGACUUCGCAGGGUACUAAUUCAGGUAUUGGAAUUUUCACCGGGCAGCUCCAAUGUGACUCCCGGUCCCGGUCUCGCUCGUCAACCCCUCUGGCAUCCAUUGCACCUACAGCCGGAGAAGCUGCCAGGAAGGCAAACAAUCGCAAACGUGGAAGAGACGAUGAUCUGGAUCCGUCGAGCUUCAAACGAAGGGCGGUCUCACCUGGCAUGAGCGUACAGAGCAGUCCGGUGUUACAGCAGAGCCCUGGCUUCAAUGGAGACAAAGCCUGGGGACAGAUGCCCCCUCCGAAGACUGGCACCGAGCGAAGUAAUAGUGGUAGUAAUGGUGGUAGUGGUGGAGGAGGAGGACCCAACAAGAGGGUUGGCUUACAGGGAAUGGUGGAAACUAACGAUGGUCUGAUGAAUAUGAGCAUUGAGUGA